UUGCCACCACGCCUUGCCAUGUAUACAGUCACCUACCCAGCUACCCUUACAUCGUAAGCAAAAGCAAACCUUGUUUUGACAUGGCGAAGUCGCCCAUGUCGAUCCUGGCUCUCGGGCUAGCAGCACUGGUCCUAUCCGGCGCCGGGCUGGCGGCGGCGCAGAACUGCGGCUGCCAGCCGAACGAGUGCUGCAGCAAGUACGGUUAUUGCGGGACCAAUUCCAGCUACUGCGGAACAGAUUGUGCGUCGGGUCCGUGCACGGCGAGCGGCGGCGGGAGCGGCGAUCCCGUGGAGAGCGUCGUCACCGACGCGUUCUUCGACGGGAUCAAGUCACAGGCAACCGCCGACGGGUGCCCCGGUAAGAGCUUCUACACGCGCCAGUCGUUCCUUGACGGCGCCCAGGCGAACCCCGACUUCGGGAAAGGCAGCACGAGCGACGACGGCAAGAGGGAGAUAGCCGCCUUCUUCGCCCACGUCACGCAGGAGACUGGACACAUGUGCUACAUCGAGGAGAUCGACGGGCCGAGCAAGCCGGCCAGUGAAUACUGCAACACGAAUUACCCGCAGUGGCCGUGUUCCCAGGGGAAGGGGUACUACGGGCGAGGGCCGCUGCAGCUGACGUGGAACUACAACUACGGGGCGGCCGGGGAGAAGCUCAAGUUCAACGGGCUGGACAACCCGGAGGCGGUGGCGCAGGACCCGGCGUUGACGUUCCAGGCGGCGUUCUGGUUCUGGAUGACCAACGUGCACCAGGUCCUGCCGCAGGGGUUCGGCGCGACGACCAGGGCAAUCAACGGUUACGUGGAGUGCGACGGCAAGAAGCCAGACUUGGUGAACGCGCGGGCGGGCUACUACAUGGACUACUGCAAGCAGUUCGGCGUCGACCCGGGGAACAACCUCACUUGCUAGGUCUGAAUUGAUCGACGCGCAAAAACCGUUCUAGCGAUGCUCGUACUCCUCUACCGCCCUGUCUAUUCGGGGAUCUCUAUACAUUCUCCGCAUGUAAUUUGGAUUUCUGUAUUAAGAUAUAGGUAAUAUAAACAUAGUAAAUAAACAUUUCUGGACAACAUCCAAA